GAUGUGUACAUCCGUACAUCAAAGGCUGCUCUUGCCAUCAGUGGCCGGACCUUAGUACUAGUCCUCGAUGGUUCAGACCCUGUAACGUAUAACUUCACAGACUUCAAAACAUCAGCUAAAAUUGGUGACAUUACAAUAAACUACGACGAAAACAGAGGAUCCCUUUAUAUUACAAUUGUAAUUGAAAAUGAACCAGUACGUAUUCGCCGUGAUGAUAACGGACCAGUACUUAUCUCAAUGAAAACAAGUUCUCAAUUUGCCGGGAAAACGGAAGGAGGAUGCGGCAAUCUGAACAGUAACUGCGGGCAAGGACUUAAGACUUGUAAACCGGAAGAUCUGAAAUCAGCUAAUGCUGCCUGUGCACCCCUUUAUGAUUUUAAGAGCUGUCACGAUGCUGUUCCUGUGGAGAGUUACCUAGGAACCUGUUUGCAAGUCUUCUGCACGGAUCUGUACGAAACAAACCUUACUGCAGCCAUGGAGUCUGUCUGUUCAUCAUUUGAACAAUACCAAACCGAAUGCGUUAUAGCAACCAAGAAAAUGUAUCCUUGGCGAAAUGCAACUCUGUGUCCACCUAAGUGCUCACCAGACAAAGUGUUCAACGCCUUGAUUGAAAACAAGUGUCAGCCGACAUGUGGCAUUUUGCCAGAGUCCUCAAAUAACAAAGGCUGCAAUGUUGAGCCUUAUGGUGGUUGUGUGUGUGCUCAAGGUUAUUCAUUAGAUAGGGGCAACUGUGUCCGAAGAGAGGAAUGUCCAUGCCGAGCAAGUGAUAACAAAUAUUACAAUGCAUCACAGAAAUUUAACGUCCCUGGAACAUGUGAUGUCUGCACCUGUGACGUAGGUGGCCAAUGGAAAUGCAAUGAGACUUUGCCAACCUGUUAUGGCUCUUGCUCUGUUUAUGCUGGCAGGUUUAUCAUGCCAUUUGAUUACAACGUUUACAAAAUCAACAAUCCGUGCGGACGUUUGACACUUGUAGAGUAUGGCAACAUUACUGUGACGCUUGAAACAACCACAACAAGUGAUCGCAAAUCAACGAUAAACACUCUGAGAAUAAACGUGGACGGAACAGAGACGACUAUUCAAACUACAUUAGCUGGAGCCACAACACAGAAUGCACUAACUCCCAGAAUAGUAGCAGGGCAAAUUACCAAUAAUUAUUACUUUGUUGACGUUGAUGGCGGAACACUUCGCAUAUACAUCACUAGGGAAGGAUUGUAUUACAUUAGAGUAGACACAUCAAUCUUUGCAAAGAAGGUUACUGGUGCAUGUGGUGAUUUCGACGGUGUUAAAGAAAAUGAUUUUAUGAACAAGGACAAUUCUGGUGUUAGUGGCCAAGAAUUCAUUGCAAUUCAAGGAGCGUGCCCAACUGCUGAAUAUCAGGACGUGUCAACUUUAAG